AUGGAAUCAAUCACACUUAAAGAUGGGACAUAUCAUUUGCUAAUAUUAUCCUGGGUUUUCGUAAUACUUUUCAUACCGAUCAACGAAGAAUCAAGUACGCCGUGCAAAGUUUCACAAAAAAUAAAAGAAACGCCAUCAGUCAUGCCACCUGGUUGUGUAGGGGGCGCUCCAUAUGCCAAAACUACCCAAAGGCCUGUUGUUUCGAAAGACUCUCCAACUCUUCGCAGCAUUUUCUCUGAGGACUCUGGUCUCUCUCCUUCUGGCCGAGAAGACCUUGUAAUAGAAUGGACUGUACGUCUCCUUAAGAAAGUGAAGGAAGGGUAUGCCAGUGAUCCUCCUACGUUUUGUAAGGAUUUAACAUUGGACACAGUAUCUCUCAGAGAUGGUGAAGUUUUACUGAAGACAGCUCCAUUAUCGAAGAACGAUGCUCCCACAUUUCAGGGAGAUAACCUGCGCUCCCUUGCUGUGUUGAUUUAUGAGGCAUAUACUGGGGAAAAACUGGCGAAUUAUGAUCAGCUUCGUGGGUGUCGUCGUCAUCUUCCCGAGAAAUUGAAGAAGUGCAUAGAAAAAUGUGCAUAUGCGACGGUAGAUGAGGUAUUAAAGGAUUUGGAUUCACCCAUUGACAAGCUAUCUAAGCCUCGUUCAAAGUCCAAACCUUCUGGGUCUAAAAGGCAAUAUGGCUCCAAUCAUGUUUCUAGUCAUGAGAUCAGUACGCUGCCACCCACCGUUCCCUCCUUUCCUUCUCCCAUAGACGUUAACGCUGCGUUGGUGGCUGCAUCUGCUUGUUGUCCUGCUGUGGAGCCCUCUGUUUUUGGACCGACAGACCUCCCGCCAACAAAAGAGCUAUCCAUUCUUCUGAUAGGGGAAUCGGGAGUCGGUAAGAGCACCCUUGUCAAUACGUUUUCGCUGUGCUCUCAAUUCUCUAGACUCCCAACAAUUCCUCUCGAAAACACACGCUGGCCAAUUCCUGUAAGAUUCGUCUUCGACGGUGUAGAAAUCUCGACAGGAGAAAAGGAGGCAGAAGCCUUGGGUGGCUCGGUAACACAGGCUCCACAGGACUACUAUUUCAACUACACUCUGAACGGUUUACCCGUGCGCGUCUGCGUCAUAGACACUCCUGGUAUGGGUGACACGCGGGGGCUGGAGAAGGACGCGGAGAACAUACGCAACAUCAUAAGGCAUCUUUCGCAUCAUAAAACUCUUUACGGUGUUUGCUUUCUACUGAAACCGAACGAUUCCCGCUUCACUGUUUUCCUCAAGUACUGUAUCGAGGAGCUUCUCAAGCAUUUCCAUAGGAGCAUACUGGACAACAUCGUUAUCGGGUUCACACACACUAGGGCUACACUAUAUAAACCUGGCGACACCCUUCCCUCACUAAUGAAGUAUUUCACUGACAGUGGAAUUAGGCUGCCGUUAGAAAAGAAGAUACUAUACUGCUUUGACAGUGAAAUCGUGCGUCUUCUUGCCAUUUGUUCCCAGAAUGCAAAUCUGAUAACGAACGAGAUGUGCUCCGCCUCUGCUGAAAGCUGGCACAGGAUGCGUGGAGAGCUCGCACGUAUGUUCGGACACAUUGCUGGUUUGCACCCACAUCAUGUUCAGGAAACAGUCAGCUUUGAUGUUACUCUGCGUGUGAGUGAGGCAUUGGUUUAUACGCUGCCCGGGCUGCGUGAUGGCUUGGAGACUAAGAGAAAGGAUAUGGAGGAAGAAAGAGGUUAUCUUAGAGCAUUAUAUAGCAAGGAAAAAUCUCUUCAGGAUAAGGCUCGUGUUAAGAAAUACAUUUAUGAGGAUCGUGAUCUAGACCAUCCUGGAUUGCGAUGCAAAGGGUGCUAUCAAAUAUGCUGUAGCUCACCUAUUCCGAUGAGUCGAUAUAAAGCUAUGGAGAAGAGCAAGCAAGAGAAGCUUGAAGAUAAUUUACUUGCCAAGGUGACAUACAGCUGGUCUUUUAUAAGGCCUUAUGGAAAUUGUUGCAAAAGGUGUUUCUGUCUGUUAGCUAAUCACGAGUUGGCGUUGACAAAGAGAUCAUUUUGUAGUAGAUUGGUUGAAAACCCAGAGGUGAAGAAGGAACUUGAGGCAUGUAAGGAUGAUGAACAAAGAGUUGAAAAGAUAUUAGAGGAAAGUCAGAAAAUUAUUGAUUCAUAUACGCAGGCCUGUACAACUGUGGGUGAAGCACUAGAAAUUUUCAAACAGUUCCUUGCUGAAAAUAGUAUUCUUGACCUCAAGCAGCAGGCUAAGAAUCUCGAGCAUCGUUCUGCAGAGAUAUCUAACUACAUAGACUAUGGACAUACUGAUUCUAAGGCAAAAACUCUGAUUCGAAAGAGCAUGGGAUACUUCGAGUCAAUGGUUACGCCUGGUGGCCGAUACUCUGUAUCCAAGCUUUCUGUUGAGGAGGUACAACGUUGGAUUGACAAGCUCAAGCAGACUGCUUUUAUUGGGGGUACUGUCUCGCAGAUUGCAUCCCUUGAAGACAGUGCUGACUCACUGGACGCCAAGCAAUGA